AUGGUACGAGAGAGAUCUUGCGUCGAGAGACGAGAAAGAGUACGAGGAGAAGAAACGUUUCAAGACAACAUACUCAACCAGAGCAAAAUCGAUCAGAGUACGCGAGACGUCCUGCCGGACCAGAUUAAUCGUGACGAAGCAGAUGAGUUGAUGAAUUCAUACAAGAGCAGCACUAACGAUCGGAGACAGCCGAUUUACGUGACGCGCCGAGGUCGCGAG